UUUAUUGCCUAAUUGCUUAAAGUUGAGGAUUAUCUCCAAUUGAAUGCAGAAAACAUUGCAAUGAAAUUUCUAGUUAUUAUCAAAAACAUUAUAUUAUUUAUCAAGAUUUCUCAGAAGAAAUUAUUGUUAAUGAUAUUAGCAUUAAUGAUAUUGAUAUUGAUAUUAUUAGUGAAUAAGUACAUAAACACAAGUAAAUGUUUGCUAAAACAAUUGAAAUUUCUUUUAACAACAUAUUCACCAGGCACGAAUAUAAUAACGAAAGGCAUAUAUAGUACAAGAAUUUUAAAAAUUUCAAAAUUGCACAAAAUGGAAAAAUGAGAAGUUGCAGAAUAGCAAUUAGCAAUUUGAAAUUUGUACAAGUAUAAUAAGCAUGAUAAAUAUCAAUACUAUAGAUAUCAAUACCUGAUUUUAAAAUGGAAAAGCAAAUAUCUUAAA